UGAGAGAAAAGCCUUCUCUUCUAAACUUUUCUCUCCAUCCUUCACUCCUACCUCAUCUCUCUCUCUCUCUCUCUCUCUCUCUCUCUCUUUUUGGAUUAUUCUCUACCUCAGUAUUUUCUUUAGUUUGCUGCUUUCCUCCGUUCCCCUCUUCUCCAUCCUGCUCAGUUCUGUACAGUGGACCCCCAGUUCUCCUCUGCUAUGUGGUGGUGGCUGCUUGGUGUUUUGAGCUGUGUGCUGCUGCUGGCGGUGGUCGGUAUGUUCUUCCUGACCACCGCGAAACGCUACAAGGUGUUCAGCGAGAAGUGCGUGAGGCCUCCAGGACGCUUGGUCACCGACAGCAAGCAGAGGGACCACAGGCUGAAGAGAGGGUUUCUUGCGGACCGUGUUCCCCCUGCUCUGGAUGCGGUGGUGAUAGGCAGCGGGAUCGGAGGUUUGACAGCAGCAGCGCUUUUGUCUAAAGCCGGGAAGAGGGUUGUAGUUCUGGAGCAACAUGAUCAGGCUGGAGGCUGCACACACACCUUUCAGAAUAAGGGAUUUGAGUUUGACGUGGGUAUCCAUUACCUGGGCCAGCUUCACGAGAACAGCCUGCUGAGGGUUGCUCUGGAUCAGAUUACAGAGGGACAGUUGCAGUUCACACGGCUGGAGCAGCACUUUGACACACUGGUCCUAGGUCAGCCUGACCAGCGCAGGGAGUACCAUAUCCAUGCCGGGAAGACUGAGAUGGCAGAUAGCCUGAAGCAGCAGUUCCCAGGAGAGGAGGGGGCCAUUGAUGAGUUCAUGAGAUUGAUGAAGUUAGCCUCACGGCGGACGCCACUUAUCGCCAUCUUGAAGAUCAUACCUUAUUGGCUGGCGAACUUCCUGGCUCGAACCGGCCUAUUAGAUCACAUAUCUUCAGUGUUCCGCCUAGCAGCAACCAGCCAUUCCGAAAUAAUGUCCGGCCUCACACAGAACAAGGACCUGCAGGCCCUGUCUGCCUACCUGUUCUAUGGUGUCCCUCCUAAAGAGUCCAGCUUUCUCAUCAACGCUCUCCUUCUUCACCACUACAAGCGUGGUGCGUACUACCCACGGGGGGGUGCCAGUGAGUUUGCCUUUCACAUCAUCCCUGUCAUUCAGAAGGCUGGCGGUGCUGUGCUGGUCAGGGCUCCUGUGCAACGCAUCCUGCUCAACCAGCAAGGGAAGGCCUAUGGUGUGACAGUACUUAAAGGACACGAAGAGUUUGAGGUCCAUGCCCCUGUUGUCAUUUCCAACGCUGGAAUCUUCAACACCUUCCAGAAGUUUCUGCCUCAGCCCAUACAGGACAAACCAGAGAUCCAGUCGCUGUUGGGUUUGGUGCGUCACGGUAUGGGUUCCUUCUUGGUCUUUGUUGGUCUGGAUGGAACCAAAGAGGAGCUGGGCAUUGUUUCCACCAACUUCUGGAUGUAUAAAGACAAUGACUUGGACUCACUUAUGAAGCGUUACUCUUCUCUGAGCAAAGAUCAGGUAUUGGGAAACAUUCCCAUGAUGUUCAUCACCUUCCCAUCCGCUAAAGAUCCUACAUCCAACAUCAGACAACCAGGUAAGUCCUGUAUGACGUUGCUAACCAUGGCUCGCUAUGAGUGGUUUGAGGAGUGGGAGGAGACAAAGCUUGGCAAGAGGGGCCAGGACUACCUGGAUUUGAAAAAUAGCAUGGCCCAAGAGAUGCUGGACUGGGCACUAACAAUCUUCCCUCAACUGCGAGACAAGGUGGUGAUGGUGGAUGCUGCCACUCCUCUAACUAAUGUCCACUAUUUGGGCGCUCCGAGAGGUGAGAUGUACGGAGCUGAACACAACUUGGAGCGCUUCACCCCGGACACGGUUGCUAGGAUGCGACCACAGACACCGAUCAACGGACUCUACCUAACAGGUCAGGACGUAUUCUGUAACGGCAUGGCUGGGGCGCUGCAUGGCGGCCUGCUCUGCGCCUCGGCCAUCCUCGAUCAGAUCCUCUACAUCGACCUUCUAGCCCUGAAGAGCCGCAUCAAAAAACAGGCCAAUCAGAAGAAGCAAAAGAUGACGUAGCAGCUGAUUCCAGAUGUACAGAAAAAAAGACAAAGGAGGAAAAGAGAGAAACAGAUUCGGACCAACCAGUGUUAUGCUAAUGUAGCAUGCAAUGCAAUGCAUUGUACAACUUUUUUCACAUAGCAGUAGUACUCCCCAACACCUGUAAACAGACUGUGAAGGUUGAGCUAUACUUAAUAAAUGCUAUAAAAUAUUGGGGUUCUAUUGUUAAUUGUUCUUGGUACAUGGAGUAUAGUCCCACCCUUUUAACAAUCAUUUUUGUAUUGGCUUGUAUAUAAGAGCUAAACUGUCCUUCAGUCUUUGUUCUUUGCUUAGUAGCCACACGUUUUAUAUUUUUUUUUUGCCGAUGAGUAGCUUACAGCUACAUGACUGUGAAUUUAAUUUUUUUUUUUAAACAUAUUUUGCUUUUCUAAUCUGAUAUCAACCCUUGUACGCCAUCAGGUAAGAACAGUUCAUUAUUUGUUUGUGGAAA